AACCAAGGAAUUGCGAUCAAUAUCCAGGGGCCAGGACAACCGGCAGCAAUUACAUCUACUCCACCUUCACGACCGAUCUCCCGAAAAAGAUUCAGGAAGGAGGUUGAAGAGCCGCACCAACCCCUGCCAUCAACCGAACAAGACAAGCCUGCAAAGAGGCUUCGCACAGACCCGCUCCAUGUGAUUUUGCGGAUAAACGAUUCUCAGCGAACUAUUUCACAACCUCAUCUAUCCCCUCCUGUACAAGAGAGAGUGCUCCCAGUUGUACAGGCUGGUACGGGUCCCGGAAGUGUUGUUCCAUCCACCGCACCUACCCAAACAAAUUCACUAGUUAUUCGUGGAGCAGCUUCGAGAAAAUUGCAGCUCGAAAAUGGUCCUCCCUCUGCUGGUGCCGUGAUGGCGAGCCCUGUGGAAGCCUUACCACGGCCAAAUAUUCAACAUGGCAAGAUUUCCAUUACGGCCAGAUUUGAUGGCCUUAACUUGCGCUUAGGUGGCCAACCAGCCCGAUCUAUUCCUCAAACCACUCAACCGCUCACCCAGAAGCCAUCAGAACUUUCCAUCAGGUCUCGUGCUGGCUCGUCCUCGAUAGUGAAAUUGAACUCUCGAAGUGAGGGUGGUGAUCCAAAUCAAAGGCACCAAUCACAGCAGGCCUCGAACCCGACUGCUUCGAGAGUACCGCUCAUGGACCGAAUACAUGGGGUGAAAUCUAAGACGCGACCUGAACAGGUCACGUCCCCACAGACCAUUUUUGAUCGUUUAGGAGUCACGAAAGAUAAUACAGCGAAUUCACGCGCCGGUCCUUCCACCUCGUGGAACACCUCCAUUAUCACCCUUCAUGGAGCAAUUCAUGCCUAUUCUCGUCAUCAUUGGUAUUUAGUUGCCCUUGUAUGUCCAAUUGGAAUUCAAUGCCUCUUGACACGAAACAAUGAGUUGUUUAUGGAACCUCCGGGAUGGAAUGUCGAAGGAACUGAGUAUUUAUGGACGCACGAAUGGAGUCCUGGAGUAUUCUCGACCAAUGUCAAGUCUUGCACAAGUACCCCGCAAUCCUCUGUUAGUGUAAGUUCGAUUUCCACCUCAAAGUCAGAGUCGGUUGGUUCAUUUGCCACCCCCGGAUUCGAGAAGUCUAUCAGAAGUCAGUUGGACUAG